AUGGGGCCUACAGAUCCUGGGCCUAGAGUAUUUCCCACAGCCCAGUCCCAGGCACAGACAGGCUGUGGGAAACAGGGAGGACUGGGGUCUACAGAGUUCUGGCCCGGGGUUAAGAGGUUUGAAAGGGGUGUGGCUCUGUGUGGGAAACACGUCGACGAGUGUGGGUCGAGAUCGAGGGGAGGGCUUGAGGAACAGAGGGGGCUUGAGCAGGGUUGGAUCCCCCCUGGUUUGAGAGGGAUUGUCCAUCUCAUGGACGGCAGAACACAGCGGCACACGAGCCAGUCCAGUAAGAGACAGCAUCGGAAGGCUUUGGUGACGACACAGGGGAAGGGGGUAGAGAUAAGAGAGGAAUGCAGGGAGGGGGGCUCCGCGGGGCUGAGGAUCACGCAAGGUUUUCUCUCUCAUCACUCCUUCUCUCUCUCCCUCUCGCUUCAUCACUCCUUCUCUCUCGCCCUCUCUCCCAGGACUCUGAUUCCUCUCUUUGACCCGGACACAGGCUUGCUGGUUUUGGCUGGAAUGGGUGACUGCGUCAUGCACUGCUUUGAGGUGACUGCCUCCCAGCCUGUCCUCUCACAAGUGAACCAGUGCCUGACAGAGGCAGCGACCCGGGGCAUCGCCAUGGUACCCAAGCUGGCUGUUGAUGUCACUUCCUGUGAGGUGAUGCGAGUCCUGCAGCUGACUGACAGCUUCAUCGUGCCUGUCAGCUACAGUGUGCCGCGCAAGUCAGGGCAGGAUUUCCAUGGAGACCUCUAUCCAGACACCCCCGGAGACAGCCCUGCCCUGCCCGCAGAGGAGUGGUGGAGCGGGGGGAACAAACAGGUUCAGAAGGUGAGCCUCGACCCAGCCAAGCGACCAAUCAGGAGCUUCUCCUCCGCUGUCAUCCCCUGCUCCGUGGGAGGAGUCAAGCUGGAGCCAACCAAUCAGCCGACAAAGAAAGAACUGCCAAUAGAAAAGAAUAGGAAAGAGGAGGAUGCCAGUGGCCAGUCCUCGUCCAGCAGCCUGCUUACCAGUCCCACCACUCCCUCCAGUCUGGUCCAGUCUCCCUCCACCCCCAGCGAGCCGUCCAGCAGCCUCGGCACCAGCUGCAGCCAGCGCUCCCUGCAGAGCAUCCUGGGCCCUAGCUCGAAGCUCCGUCACACUCAAAGCCUGGUCCUGCACAGAGACACUCACAUCACCAACCUGAAGGGGCUGAACCUGACCACGCCUGGGGAGUGCGAUGGCUUCUGUGUGAACAGCAAGCGCGUGGCCGUGCCGCUGGCCAGCGCAGGGGGGCAGAUCGCUGUGCUCGAGCUCUCCCAGCCCGGCCGCCUUCCCGACUCUGCCAUCCCCACCAUUCAGAACGGAGUGGCUGUGGCAGACUUCUCCUGGGACCCCUUCGAGCCCCGGCGCCUGGCAGUCGCCGGGGAGGACGCUAAGAUCCGAGUGUGGCUCGUUCCCGAAGGAGGUCUGAAAGAGACCGUCUCUGAGCCACAGUGCAUCCUGCAGGGGCACACAGAGAAGAUUUACUCACUGAAGUUCCACCCUCUGGCCUCUGGGAUCAUCGCUUCCUCCUCGUAUGACCUAACCGUGCGGCUCUGGGACCUGGGGUCUGGCCGGGAGGUCAGGGUGCUGCAGGGUCACCAGGACCAGAUCUUCAGUCUAGCCUGGAGCCCGGACGGUCAGUUCCUGGCGACAGUCA